AUGCAUUUAUAUUCUAUAAAAUUGAAAAUUUUGAUUUUUGUGGUUCUGCUUGAGGUUACAAGACAGGCAGAAACUAGUAACACAAUGUUGGAGGUUAAAGAUGACAGCAUAAAGUGGGUAAACUUGGCUGAACGAUUAGUUGCGAUGAUGUUAAACAGUGACGUGGCCCAAACGAAAAGUCCAAUUCAUGUGCUGAUUUUUAUGAUGGUCAACAAAGAAACUUCUUCAGAUUUUGAUGGCAUGGCUAAAGCUUUUUCAAAAGCUAGCAAGGAGAGAAUCACAUUCGUUUUUGAAAUAUUGCAGUUCUUUCCAACUAAAACUAUGGAAUACAAUAGAAUCAAUAUCGACAUGCCAUUCGAAUUUGUAAUCCUUCUCAUGCACAGCCGUAUCACUGGGUAUUCGUACUUUAUAAAUCUAAAUUUUCAUCAAAUUUUUCCUGAUAAGUCUUUGAAACUGUUUUUGGUUAUGAUCGGAACUCAAGAUGUCAAUAUGGUCUUUAGAGAAUGGAGUACGUUGAUAUUGAUGGGAUACUUCAAUGUGUAUGUCAUACUAUAUACUCAUGGUAAGGCAUAUUUAAUACUUCGAACACAUUUAAUACGUGAUAAAUAUAAAAUGAAACAGUCACAGGACUUGAAAUAUCUGACAAUACAAAAACUUUCAAACAAUCUUCGCUUUGAAGAAAUUCAGGCAAUUUACUAUGAUUCAUACCCGUUAUCAUAUUACCGUAAUGGUAAAAUCAUUGGUAUUGAAGGGCUAAUGAUUGAGGAAUAUAGCAAAAAAUUCAAAGUUCCAUACAAAAUUAUCAAUAAACAUCCUGAAAUAUUAUCAUACCAAGAAGCCAGUCAAUACUUAUUACAUGCCAUUGCCGACAUCUGCUUAUCCACAAACAUUAAUCUGUUUGGGAGAAACUAUGACAGAGUUUUAUUAAAUGAAAUGGAUGGACUAUGCAUUCUCACGCCAAGGAACAUUCCUAUAUCUUCAUAUGACAAUAUUGCAUUGCCACUUGAUUCGAUGUCUCUUAUCAUGUCAUUUGUGUCUACAGUAUCAGUUAUUGUGUCAUGGAAGGUAAUUUCAGUCUACACAGCAAAUGAAAGGUCAUUAAAAUCCGUCAUUGUAGCAGUUCUGGAGAUGAUAUUCAACAUCGGAGCUUCAGGAAUAGAACAAAUUACCAAGAAGGAAGUUAUUCUUUUAUAUUCCUUCAUAUUUAGUUCACUUAUCUUGAUCUUAUUUUAUGAGUCGCUAGUCCUAGCUUUCAUGUUUGUUUCACCAGCGUGGAGAUCAGCUUAUGAUUUAGCCGAAUUAAAUGACAGUGGUGCUAAGUUCUUUACAUUUUACACAAGAGAUAUCGCAAUUCGUUCAAGCAUUCCAUUUAUUCGUGAAGAAUUGAUUAAGAAUAGCGUCGAUUUAUCAAGAAUGAAAGAUUUGACAGUUCCAAAACAUUUCGAUGAAAAUCUGGUUUAUCUUGUAUCCUGCAAGUAUGCUGACUCUUUUGUAAGUUCAACGAAAAACUUUCAUUUAAAUAGGAGAAUCUUUGACAAAAUAAAGACAACUGAAAUGUUCCAGAGUUAUCCAAUUCGGAAAGGAUAUCUAUUUGCAGAUGAAUUCAAGCGAUUUGUUGAAAGUCUUAUAGAAUCAGGAAUUUAUAAGUACUGGCUAAAAGAAAGCAUUCAAAAAUCGAUGUUUAAAAGUCAGCAAGUUAAGGAUGAAUCUGAAAAUCAAGUUCUUAUGGAGUUUCCUCUGAUUCUUCUUUUUGUGGGAUGUAUAUUAGCCUUUGUUGUAUUUCUGUAUGAAAAUGUUAUUUGGAGAUGUAUGAAUGCACGUAUUAACCAAAUAGAACCAAUUGAAGAUAAGCUGGAAAAUCAAACAGCCAGAAAAAAGAUAAAUUUGACAAUGUGGAUGAAUAAAUUCAUCUACAAGAAGACAUUGGACAUUCCAAAAUAUAAUCCUAUUAAUCAAAAAAGAGAAACCAUAAAGAGCCGUGAAUCAAUAUCAGGUGGCUAUUUUGUAAUCAAAAAAAUCAGAAAGAUUAGAAAGGCAAAACAGUUUCGACAAAUCGUACAUGUUCGUCCUUGCCAAGAAAAUCAAUAG